AGCACAUGUUGGUUAAGAGCACAUUUUUUUGAUCUAAUUGAAACUAAACUUUAAAGCUUCUGAAAUCCUAAGGAAAUAAUGACUUCUUUUGAAAGUCUUUCAGCUUUGAAGGAACAACUGCUAAACAUGGCUGAUUAUGUGGGGUUUGCAAACUUACCAAAUCAGGUUCAUCGUAAAUCUGUGAAGAAGGGAUUUGAGUUUACUUUGAUGGUUGUAGGAGAGUCUGGCCUUGGCAAGUCCACCUUGAUUGACAGCUUGUUUUUAACUGAUUUGUAUUCAGACAGAAUUUUACCCAAAGCUGAAGAGAGAAUCAAGAAAACUGUGAAGAUCGAGACAUCAACUGUAGAAAUAGAAGAAAGAGGAGUAAAGCUAAGAUUAACUGUGGUAGACACCCCUGGAUAUGGUGAUGGGAUGGACAAUAAGGACUGUUUUAAACCAAUCUCAGAUUACAUCAACCUGCAGUUUGAAAACUACCUUCAUGAUGAAUCUGGUCUUAAUCGGCGACACAUUGUUGAUACUCGCGUUCAUUGUUGUUUUUACUUCAUAUCACCAACAGGACAUGGUCUCAAACCAUUAGAUAUUCAGUUCAUGAAAGAGUUGCAUGAAAAGGUUAAUAUAGUACCAGUGAUUGGAAAAACUGACACAUUAACACCAUCAGAGCUAUCAGCCAUGAAAACUAGGAUCCGAAAUGAAAUAGAUGAUUAUGGAAUAAAGACAUAUAUACUUCCAGACUGUGAAAGUGAUGAAGAGGAGGAUUUUAUUGAGCAGACCAAACAGUUGAAGGCUUCUAUGCCAUUUGCUGUUGUUGGAAGCAAUACUUUAAUUGAUGUUUGUGGGAAAAAAGCAAGAGGUCGACUUUACCCCUGGGGGGUAGUAGAAGUUGAAAACCCUGCUCAUUGUGAUUUCUCCAAACUUCGAACAAUGUUAAUUACUCACAUGCAGGACUUGAAGGAGGUUACACAGGAUGUACACUAUGAAAACUUUAGAGCAGCUGCUUUAGGAGAAACAACACCAGCCACACCACGUACUAGUAAAAGCCUUAACAGAGUAAAAGAACAAGCUGCUAAAGAAGUGAUGGAGAAAGAACGUGCUUUAAAAGAGAAAGAGGAAGAGCUUCGUCGCAUGCAAGAUAUGAUUGCCAAGAUGCAAGCACAGAUGAAGGCUAAAAGUUAGCAUAUUUUUGAUGUCUAAUGGCUCAUCUUGAUGAAUCAGGCCAUCUUCCUGAUUGAUCAUUGUCUAAAUUUUAUGGUCUCCAAGGCAACAAUCAAUAGACAGUUUUACAAGCAGGACACACAGGCAUGGUAUGCACAUCUCCAUGGUAACAAUCCAUAGAUAGUUUUACAGGCAGGACAUGCGCAUCACCAUGGCAACAAUCAA